AUGUCCGCAUCAGCGCGCGCCGCAUCACUCGCUUGCCUUCCGCUUCUCCGCUCCCGCGCGCUCCCCGCCCUUCCUCUUUGCGCUACCGUCCCUUUCUCCCCUGCCUCGCCUUUGCGCGCCCCUCUCCCUCCGCCGUCUGGUUCCGCCUUCCGCGCGCGCUUUCACGCAGCGGAAGCUCCGCCUUCGCAGAUUCAAUCUCGUCUCGGCGCUAGAACCGACCGCGUACUUUCCCGCGCAAGCGCUUUCACUCCCCGCUUUGCGCCAGCGGCGCGGGGCUCGCGCGCGAUCAGCGGAGCUUCACCACGCGUAUCCCCCCACGCAGCUGCUGAUUCGCGGAAGCCGGAAAUGGCGCACGCGGGGACUAGCGAGGAAAGGGGAGCUUCGGGGGAGCGGGCGGAGCGGAAAGUUGCGCCGUUCGGGGCGUGGGAAUCCCCCAUCGGCGCAGAUAUGGCGAGCGGCGCAAGCCUGCGCUUCGGGGGGGCGGCGGUGGAUAGCGCGGGGCGCCUGGUGUGGGCGGAGGGCAGACCCACGGAGAAGGGUCGGGUGGUGGUGGUGAGGAAGGGGACACGUGGCGCAACCCCAUUGGACGUCUCACCUCCCUCCAUGAGCGUGCGAUCCCGCGUGCACGAGUACGGCGGAGGAGCCUUUCUGGUCGCCCCCUCUCCUCCUCCUCCUGCCACGUCUACUGCCACGGCGGAUGCCACGUCAGCAGCUGAACAUGUGCCGAGCGAUCUGCUGAUCUUUUCCAACGGAGCCGAUCAACGGCUGUAUGUGCUCGAGAUGCCAUCUGGCGGCUCAGAUUCUGCCGAAGUGCCCCAGCCACGUCCGCUGACACCUGUCGUCGAGCCACCUGGCGCGCUGCGAUUCGCUGACGCCCGGUUGGACGCAUGCCGGAGGCGAGUGAUAUGCGUACAGGAGGACCAUCGCCAAAUCAAUGGUGGCGGGGGCGGAACAGAGGAGCACGGGGGACAUGGCGAGCCGAGUAACAUGCUUGUGGCUGUUUCGUUGGAUAGCGAUGGGACAGAAGUCCCCGUGGUGCUGGCGAGUGGAGCAGACUUCUAUGCAUCCCCACGCCUGAGUCCGGAUGGCAGGCAGCUGGCAUGGAUGGAGUGGAGCCACCCGCACAUGCCGUGGGAGAGGAUUCGGGUGAUGGUGGGAACAUUCGAUGAUGAUAGCCUCCUCACGUUGGUGCAGUGUGCAGCAGGUGCAGAUGCUGCCAUGAUUGAAGCACCCAUGGAGCCCCUCUGGUCGCCACAAGGCGAUCUCUAUUUCCUCUCAGAUCGCGUUACCGGCUUCUGGGCUCUGCACCGAUGGAACCCCACAUCACGCACAGCAGAGGCGGUGGCAGACAUGCCGAAGCACGAGGGAACCGAUCUGAAGGUGGAGGUGGGGGGACCCCUCUGGGUGUUUGGGAAUGCGAGCUACGCGUUUAUCCCCGGCAGCUCGCACCACGUGGCUGUUAUCUGCCAAGUGAAAGGACAGUCUCAGCUGGGAAUCAUCGACACUCACACUCGCGCCUUCACACUCACUCCUCCCUUCCACCCUCCUCUCACUCAGAUGUCCCACCUGGUGGCCGGCAAGGAUCGUCUUUUUGUGUGUGCUGGCGGCCCCUCCACGCCGCUCUCGUUCUUUGAGCUGAAGCCCUCCCCAGAUAUGACCUCCCUGCAAGUCAUCCACCCCCCCAUCCGCCCGUCAACAACCAUCGACACCGCGUCACUCGCCCCCUUCCUCUCCUCGCCUCAAUGGAUCGACGGCACCUUUCAAGGGCCGCAAGGGGCCCUCCCGCCUCUGCUGGUGAAGUGCCACGGGGGGCCCACGGGGUGCCUCGACUCUGCUCUCCGCCUGCCGCUGCAGUUCUGGACUUCCAGAGGCUUCGCUGUCGUGGAUGUGAAUUACGGGGGGAGCACUGGUGAGUCACAUGAGGGAGGGGAGAUGGGGGUGGUGGUGGGGGGAAACCGCUCUGGUGGCUGUGCUUAG